AUGCGCUCUGCAUCGACGUGCUCGAGUUGCGGUGGCUUUCUGCAGGACGCACACUCGCCGUAUGAAAGCCCUCACGCCAACGCACCCUUUUUGCGUGUGCUCUUCUUCGAGGAUAAGAGCACUAGGCGCGUGGACAGACACCGUGGCUGCCGCUCCUUUCCCUGCCUCGUGUGGGUACCGACGUACAGCGUUUGCCUCACACAUGGCGCCGCUAAGCAGGCACUCAGCAUUCGUACCCCACCCACUUCCGCUUCACAAGCAAUGUUCGAUCCGCGCCUCUGUUCACCUAAUUCGCCAGUUGACUCCGCCAUGUUCCCGCCAGUGUACAACCGCUCGACGUCGUCGUCGUCGACGGCCUCCAUGUCCUCGUGUCCGGGCGACGCCAGCACGGCCCCGUUGCCAAUGAACAAUGCCCAUAGCAGCGACUUUGUAAAGCCCAUGACGCCCAGCAUUAAGCAGGAGCUCGAGCCCUUCGAGUUCCGUCCGAACCCGCGCUCGAACCCGACGCCUCGGUCUCAGAACGGCACUUCUCUCAGCUCGGUGUUCGGGGACCAAGACCUCAUCGACGCCAUCAUGUAUAGUCUCAACACAGAGCAGCACAAUCACAAUGCAAAUGCCGUCGCAAUCCCGGCCUUCAGUCCGGUGUUCGCCAUGCCGAGACGCGUCCUCCAACAGGUUCAGAUUCCACAGCCGACGUCCUUUACGGCGUUGAUGCAACAGCGUCCUAUCGGCAUGCCUAUGCCGGACGGUCGUGUCCAGCCGACCAUGGCCGGCCCGUGUCUGCGCAAACCCGGCACGUUCCUAAACAAGGAUGGUCGUUGGAUCAAGGGCAAGCCCUGCCGAAUGGAAGGCUGUGACAAGCGUGCGCAGUCCAACGGACUGUGCAAAGGUCACGGCGGCGGCGCGCGCUGCAGCUUCGAUGGCUGCAGCAAAAGUUCGCAGGGUGGAGGCUUCUGCCGCGCCCACGGCGGUGGCAAGCGGUGUAUGCACGAAGGGUGCGAGAAGGGCACGCAACGUAAUGGCUUUUGCUAUUUGCACGGCGGCGUACGGCCCUGCAGCGUCGAAGGCUGCGAUAAGAAAGACCGCGGCAACGGCAAGUGCUUUUCCCACGGCGGUGGUCGCAAAUGCCAGGCCCACAUGUGCUUCAACACGAUCCGACGGGGUGCCUUCUGCGAUCUGCAUAAUGGCAAGCUCGCCAAUUGAAGAGAGGGCGACCUCUUCGGAUGAGCCCGCCACGCACAUUUUAAGUUAAGAACCCGGAGAUUGUGUAGCAAGACGUGGCGUGUUCAUGAUCAUAUAAACCCUCUCAUUAUACAU